CCGAGUAGGACGUCGCUCCGCGAGCAUCGGGGCCCUCGCUGCCGCCCACGUUGCGAAAGGGGCCCGAUAAGGCCCCCCGCGAGUUCGAGCGCCUUCCGGUUACCGUCGACCGUCCCGAGUGAUAAUAAUCAACGAGCCUGCUUACACCGUACAUAACAAUCGAAGGAUAUAGCGCCAUAUCGGUUCGUAUCGGAGGAGGAACAAGUGGGCCCCGAUCGGGAAAUCAGGGGCACGCGUCGCGCGACCUCGAGCUCUUCUUCGAGGCCCUCGCAGGGGCCUGACGGGGCCCCGGGGGGCACGGGGUCGCCAUCGAUGCUGGAUGAGGAGAGACUCACGGGGGAUCGCGCUUUCACGGUCAGGCCCGCGCAGGGCCCCGGGGCCCCGGACGAUGUCGGGCGCGCCUUAGCGGGGCUAGGCCCCCCCCUGACGUCGGGGCCCGCGACCCAGAAGAUGUCGCGGUCCCUGCCCACCCGGAGAGGCCUCCAGGCCCUCGCCCUGGUCCUCGCUACCGCCUACGCCACCGUGCUGCUCUACCACGCGGUCACCCCAGGACAGAUGGCGCUGGAGGACAAGGAGGGGGCAAGCGAGCCGGUCGCCCGGUGCCACCGGGGCCUGGGGCUCCGGGGGGCCCAAAGGGGGCCCGAGGGCACCACUCCGCCCCUCGCCCCCGCGACGGUCGCGCCGUUCGCGACGGACCUCGACGACGUCUUCAUAAGCGUCAAGACGACGCAUCGUUAUCAUCGCUCCAGGCUCCCCGUCGUCAUCGCCACCUGGUUCCAGCUCGCCAGGAAGCAGACGUGGUUCUUCACCGACAAGGAUGACCAGUACUUCCAGAACCAGACCGACGGCCACAUGAUCAACACCAAGUGCCCGCCGACUUACUUCAGGCAGGCCCUAAACUGCAAGAUGUCGGUCGAGUUCGACAAGUACCUGGAGAGUGGCAGAAAGUGGUUCUGCCACUUCGACGACGACAACUACGUGAACGUUCCCCGAUUGCUGAGCCUCCUGGACGAAUAUAAUCCUCGGGAGGAUUGGUACCUCGGGAAGCCGUCGAUCCCGGAGCCGAUCGAGAUCAUGAGGCAGGGUCCGAAGUCGUCGAAACAACAGCAGAAGGUGAAGUUCUGGUUCGCAACUGGCGGAGCGGGGUUCUGCAUAAGUCGAGCACUGGCCCUGAAGAUGAUCCCUGUCGCCGGGGGCGGAAAAUUCAUCACCGUCGGCAACAGGAUCAGGCUGCCCGACGACGUGACCAUGGGCUACAUUGUCGAGCACUUGCUGAAGAAGCAACUAACCGUUGUCGAACAGUUCCACUCUCACCUGGAGCUGAUGAGGUUCCUCAACAAGGACACCUUCCACGAGCAGGUCUCGUUCAGCUACAAAGCCUGCCAGGGCGAUUGGAACGUCGUCAAGAUAGACGGCUUCGGGACGAAGGACGACCCUAGCAGAUUCAGGUCGAUACACUGCUACCUCUUCCCAAAUGCCCCUCAAUGUCCGCACAGAUAGUGCUUAUCGGCGCCGAUUAGGCGAUCGAUAUCGGAAAUGGUCCGUCCCGAUGCACCCCAGGAUGCGACUCUGGAUGCAGUCCUGGACACCUCGAUUGCAGCUCAGGAUGAAUCGACGCGGCUGCGAGACUCGACUUCGGAAUUCCGGCUCGAGCCCGAGAGCAGCUCGGAUAUCGAUAUCAGUUUCUUUCUUUUUUUUUUUUUUUCCCUCGUUUCUCUUCUUCCAAAAAUAUCCCGGCUCGAGGGAGAGCUCGAGCCUCUGAAAGCACUGCGCCCCUUUUUAAUCCAAUCCUCCCGAGACCCGAAAAGGAACUCAAUGGCCGAGGAAGAGAGAGGAGGUUCGAUUUUUCGAAUUGCUAUCGGAAGGUACAUGUGAUAUGCUCUCGGUGCGCUCUGCCCGGUUGGCGAGGAAAUGCCGGAAAAUUCAAUUUCCUUCCGGAUUUCGCCCCGAGAGGGGAAAUGCGUUAUCCAGGGUAACCUCCAGGAGGGUACUCGAGGAAAUCAAUGCUUGCCCCUCGACGAUCGGCGCUUCAUUAUUUUUUUUUUUAUCCAUCGUCCUGAAAUAUCCCCGACGAAGGAUUUUCAACUAAAUUUAGAGCGAUUUCAUCCGGAGGGCGCACUUUACUUUUGUACAUAUAAUGUUAUCUCUCGAUUGAUAACUCCCGACGCGAAUUCCUGUUAAGUCGCGUUAAGUUAAACCUAGUCCCCGUAGAAAGACGCAGACGGAUGUCCAAUGUGAUACGUGAGAAUGGAAACCGCGGGAGGAUGCGAGGAAAAGCAGCUCGGUUUUUUCUUUUCUUUUUUUUUUUUUAUUAUAUGUAUAGAGUAUGACUUUUCACUUCGUCUGCACCGAGCGAUGCAUUUCCGGUGCGGCCUGCGUGUGAGUGCGAGAAAAUGAGAUUUCGCGUGCAAUAGAAGAGAUGGAUUAACGCAACGUCGUUAACGUAUGUAGAUAAGAAAUUGUAACGCGUCCAACGCGACCUGCCCUUCGCCGUCGAAUUGUUCCGAGACAAAUAUUGUAUUAACUUUCGCGAGGGAAAAGUGAAAAUAAGAAAAAGGAGAAAUUCUAACAAUUAAUUUCUACCGGUUGAAAACCGCAAAACGCAUAGCUUACUUAAUAUAGGGUCUGGGUCUCGAUGCCACAUAGUGGUUUCCGGCUGCCAAAGGGCUGAACAAGUGACAAUUACGUCUAACGAGAAUUAAACAAUUAAGGAACGUCUUGGAACAAAAUUAACGAAUGGAGAAAGAAGUGACCGAGUGAUCAGGUCGACCUCGAGUUGGGCUACGAGCCCGGGAGUUGUAAAAUAGAGAAUUGUUUCUACAUUGUACGAUACUGUUUUAUACAUACAUAUGUAUAUGAAAUAUAUGUAAAU